AUGUAUAGUUUCUUAAAUUAUUCUCUAAGUGAAAAACGACUUUUAAUAAAUGACCCAGAUAUACUUGUGGAACGUCUUGGUAUUCUCGAGAAACUAGUUCACCAACAGACAGAGACGAUCAAACAGCAGUCUGAUACUAUCAGUAAUUUAACGUCAAAACUGUCAGUUCUACAGGAUUCAAUUGGCUCAACUUUCGUUCUUUGGGGAAGAAGUGAUUGUCAAUCGAAAGAUACAGAACUUGUAUAUUCAGGUUUUGUUGGAGGAGGACAUUACAAUGAGACUGGAUCAUCACCUGAGUUCGUGUGCUUACCGACUGACCCUAAGUUAAGAGAGACAACAGGAGGGUAUGAUUAUGGCAGAAUGUAUGGAGCAGAAUACGGUACAGACUUCUGGGGUCAACAUCCUAACCCUUUUAACAACGAACUACCAUGUGCCGUUUGUCGAAGCCAGCGUACUUUCACUACCAUAAUGAUUCCAGGCAAAGACACGUGUCAGGCUGGAUGGAAAAUUGAAUACCAUGGAUACUUGGGAUCCAGUCACCAUUCGUAUACUUCCGGGUCAAUGUAUAUAUGUGUGGAUAUAAAUCAUCAGAGUGUACCAGGAGGUGGCAGUAGAUUUGAUGGAGGGAGGCGCGUGGUCAAUGUAGUCGCAGAAUGUGGAUCGCUGCAGUGUCCUCCAUACACAAAUGGAGACUCGUUUUCUUGUGUUGUUUGUUCAAAAUAA